AAUGUCUAGUAGUAAAAAACACAGCCUGAAGAGCAUGAUGCUCCAGGUUGCAAAAGAUUUACUGGAUGCAGAGGAGAUAGAGAAGAAGGAGGAGAGGAAGAGAUACAUGGAAGAUCAUUGUCCUCCCUUGUCAUACCCAAUCUCUAAACAAGAACUACAGGAGCUCUGCAAAGAGUUACAUGCAAAAAUCGAGGAUGUUGACGAGGAGAGAUAUAUUCUAGAGCACAAAGCCAUCAUGGUUGUCAAUGAGGUUAAAGACUUAAACAUCAAGAUCGUCGACCUGAAGGGCAAGUUCAAGAAGCCUCCUUUGAAGAAAGUACGCAUGUCGGCUGACGCUAUGCUUCAGGCUCUGCUGGGCUCCAAGCACAAGAUCUCCAUGGACCUGAGAGCCAACCUCAAACAAGUCAAGAAG